UGUAUAUGUUUGCUUGUUAUUUUGGUUUGGUUUGGUUUUGUUUAUGCAUCUUCCAAUUUCAUCACACAAACUUAAAGCUAUAACCUUUCUUCUCUCUGCAUCUUCUUUUGCAUAUUCAUAUUCCAACUUCACUUCCACCCUCAAUAGUAUCUUCUUUUCUUAGCUUAGCUUCCUCUAGAAUACUAACAUGGCUGCUACUCCUUCUUCUUUCAGUUUUGCACUCUUUGCCUUUCUUUUUCUUCUAUCUCUCACUUACCCUUCUUGUGUUUCUUCAUUUCCUAUGUCCUUGAGAAGUCAAGCUUCAAUCUUGGUUUCUCUCAAACAAGGUUUUGAAGUCAACAACAACACUUCUAUUUUGUCACUCAAGACUUGGAACAUGUCCAACUACAUGUCCCUUUGCACUACUUGGGAAGGUGUCAAGUGCGACCACAGAAAUGUUUCUGUGAUUGCACUUGACAUAUCCAACCUCAACCUCUCCGGAUCACUUUCGCCGGCCAUCACGGGACUAAAGACCCUUGUCAAUGUCUCUGUGGCCGGCAACGCGCUCUCCGGAGAGUUCCCUAAUGAUAUCCACAAACUACCAUUGCUGAAAUACUUGAACAUAUCCAACAACAUGUUUAGUGGAACUUUGAGUAGUUGGCAAUUCAAUGAACUCAAGGAGCUUGAGGUUCUUGAUGCCUAUGACAACAUGUUCAACGGAUCACUCCCUCUUGGUGUCACUAAUCUCCAUAGCCUCAAGUACCUGAGUUUUGGCGGGAACUACUUCAAUGGUUCAAUCCCUUCAAGCUAUGGAACAUUGUUUCAGCUCAAUUAUCUUUCUCUAGCAGGGAAUGAUUUGAGAGGUUUCAUACCAAUUGAGCUUGGAAACUUAACCAACUUGACACAACUUUUCUUGGGAUAUUACAACCAAUUUCAUGGUGGAAUUCCAAAAGAGUUUGGUAGGUUGACCAACCUGGUCCAUCUGGACCUUGCGAAUUGCGGCUUGCAAGGUCCAGUUCCGGCCGAGUUGGGCAACCUUGACAAGUUGGACACACUUUUCUUGCAAACAAAUCAGCUGAGUGGAACAAUCCCUCCUCAAUUGGGGAAUUUGAGCAGCUUGAAGUCUCUUGAUCUUUCAAACAAUGAGCUAACAGGUGAAAUCCCAUUUGAGUUCCAAGGCCUAAAAGAGCUUACACUAUUGAACCUAUUCAUCAAUAGGUUGCAUGGUGAGAUUCCAAGUUUCAUUGCUGAGAUGCCUAAUUUGCAAGUGCUGAAGCUUUGGCAGAACAACUUCACUGGUUCAAUUCCUUCAAGGCUUGGACAGAAUGGUAAAUUAACUGAACUUGAUCUUUCAACAAACAAGCUCACAGGACUAGUUCCAAGGUCUCUUUGUUUUGGUAAGAAGCUCAAGAUUCUGAUUUUGCUCAACAACUUUCUCUUUGGAUCUUUGCCUAAUGAUCUUGGUGAAUGCUACACACUUCAGAGAGUUAGAUUGGGACAGAACUACUUAACAGGUUCAAUACCAAAUGGAUUUCUCUAUUUGCCUCAACUAUCUCUUUUGGAACUUCAGAACAAUUAUCUGAGUGGUUUUCUUCCAAGAAGCACUGAUGCACCUUCAUCAAAGCUAGGACAGUUGAAUCUUUCCAAUAAUCGCUUAUCCGGGACCCUGCCGGCUUCAAUCGAAAAGUUUCCUGAUUUGGAAAUCCUUCUUCUUCAUGGAAACAGAUUCUCAGGUGAAAUUCCACCAGAUAUAGGCAAGUUAAAGAGUGUUCUCAAGAUGGAUUUGAGUGUUAACAACUUUUCAGGUACUAUUCCUCCUGAGAUUGGUAAACUUUCAUUGCUGACAUACUUAGAUUUGAGCCAAAACCAAUUAUCUGGUCCAAUACCAAUUCAGGUUUCUCAGAUUCACAUAUUGAAUUAUCUUAAUGUCUCAUGGAACCAUUUGAAUCAGAGCCUUCCAAAGGAACUUGGAUCCUUAAAAGGCUUAACUUCAGCAGAUUUUUCUCACAACAAUUUCUCUGGUUCAAUCCCUGAACUUGGUCAAUUCUCAGUGUUCAAUUCAACUUCCUUUGAGGGAAAUCCUGAGCUAUGUGGAUAUGACAUGAAUCCAUGCAACAAUUCCUCAUCAUCAGUGUCACAAUCUCAUGUCAAGGCCAAUUCGAAAUCCGGGGUUCCGGGGAAAUACAAGCUUCUAUUCGCGCUCGCCCUUUUAGGCUGCUCAUUGGUGUUUGCCACACUGGCAAUCAUCAAGAGCAGAAAAUCGAGGCGAGGCGCGAAUUCGUGGAAGCUAACAGCAUUCCAGAAGCUUGAAUAUGGAAGUGAGGACAUCAUAGGUUGCAUCAAAGAGAGCAAUGUGAUAGGAAGAGGUGGAGCAGGAGUUGUAUAUGGAGGAACAAUGCCAAAUGGAGAACAAGUAGCAGUUAAGAAGCUUCUAGGAAUCAACAAAGGUUGUUCACAUGACAAUGGUUUAUCAGCAGAGAUUAAAACUCUAGGGAGAAUCAGGCACAGAUACAUUGUGAGAUUACUUGCAUUUUGUUCAAACAAAGAGGACAAUUUGCUUGUUUAUGAGUACAUGCCAAAUGGAACCUUAGGUGAAGUUUUGCAUGGCAAAAGAGGUGAGUUUCUUGGUUGGGAAACUAGGCUCAAGAUUGCAAUAGAAGCUGCUAAAGGCCUUUGUUAUUUGCACCAUGAUUGUUCUCCCCUCAUCAUUCAUAGGGAUGUUAAGUCCAAUAACAUUUUAUUGAACUCUCAUUUUGAGGCUCAUGUUGCUGAUUUUGGACUUGCCAAGUUCUUGCAUGACUCUGCUGCUUCUCAGUGCAUGUCUUCCAUUGCUGGUUCCUAUGGCUACAUUGCUGCAGAAUAUGCAUACACAUUGAAAGUGGACGAGAAAAGUGAUGUGUAUAGUUUUGGAGUGGUGCUGCUAGAGCUUCUCACCGGAAGAAGGCCGGUGGGCGGCGAUUUCGGCGAAGAAGGGCUAGACAUAGUUCAAUGGACAAAGCUCCAAACAAAUUGGAACAAAGAGAAGGUGGUGAAGAUCCUUGAUGAGAGGCUAAACCAACACAAUAAAAUUCCAAUGGAUGAGGCAAUGCAAGUGUUCUUUGUGGCAAUGUUAUGUGUUCAAGAACAAAGUGUGGAGAGACCAACCAUGAGGGAAGUUGUUGACAUGCUUGCACAAGCAAAACAACCAAACACAUUUCAAAUAACAACAAUAUGAUUGAAAAAAAGUGUAUGUCUAGGGUUUAUGUUGGGUUAAAUUUUUAUCACUGCUAGUAAAGGGUGCGUUUGGUUUGUGUU